AACAAAUUGAACAGUUUACACCAAACAUUGCAAUCGAACGGAAUACUUAAAAGUGUCGGAGCUGUUUCAUUACAACGAUCGUGAUUGAUUAAAAAUAAAAAAUAAAAAAGGAUUUGAAAAUGGGCAACAAUUUAAAAUUGAACUUCUUACUAGUGGCUAUGUUUACUGUUGGCACCUCACUCGCCGAGCCGGGCUUACGUGUCGCAGGGCGCAGUCAUGGUCGAAUUUUAAACAGACCCAAACCAGCUAAGCAACAAGUGGCGCCUUAUCCACCCUCCGGUUUGAAACCAGAACCUCCAUUUGAAUUGCCCAGCGAGCAACCGCAAAUAGAAUAUUUGCCACCAGAGCCUGAAUUAGCAUAUGGACCUCCUGAUAAUACAUAUGGCCCACCAGAAAUAACCUAUGGGCCUCCAGAGAUAACCUAUGGCCCUCCCGAAUCAGCUCCUGUUAAUAGACAACCUGCUGAAACUUAUGGUCCUCCACCAGCUACUUAUGGAGCACCUGAUUGGUCCACUGCAAGUGAACCUCAAAGUGCAGCUAUUAUCAAUGCACCAUUGCAGUUGUCCUCACAGUUCACCUUACCACGACCCAAUAAGGCAGUGAAUUUUCGACCAAAUCAAAAUUUUCGACCACAAACGGUAGCCAUCAUUAAUGCUCCAUUGAGGCCGGUUUCCCAUCUAACGGUACCCCGUCCCGAUCGCAAUAUAAAUUUCCGUCCCAAACCUUUCGCCGCUCAACAGCUAUUCCCACAAACCCAAUUUACUUUACCGCGUGUUGAACGUCCAACCCCAUUCCGGCCAAGACGUAUACAGCAACAAUCGAAUAGAUUUAGUCGCCCAUUGCCAACAAGUAUAUUUGGCAGUUCACCGAAUAGUGGCCGUUCCAGUCGACCAUUGUCAUCGAGUAUUUUUUCCAAUUGAAAUUAUGAAUUAAAAAAAAAUUUAAAUAGUUUUUAAUUUAUUGUUAAUUUAUAUUAAAAAAGUAAAAUGUUAUAUGUUAUAUUUAAUUAAAAAUUAAAUUACUUCAUAAA